ACUAAUACAGCAAGGAAGUUUUCACUAAUCAACUAACUCAUAGAAGAAAGAAAUGUUAAUCCUGGAAAUGCCUUAAAUUUCAGUACACGAGUAAAAAACACCAACAUUCUGAGUACGGUAUGUAUUCUAAAAUUAGGAAAAAUUAUCUUUUCUAGGAUAAAGAAAAAAAAUCAGAUUUUAAGGUUAUUAUAAAUACUGUCUAAAAAAUUUUAAAUUUAAUAAUUCACAUAAUAGAUUUUUUUUUUACUGAGACUUCUUCACUCAUAUGUCCUAUCCAUCUACAUGAUUUAUUUUAAAAUAACUUCCUUAAGUUUUUAAUAAUUCUGAAACAACAUCCUGACUUUUACUAUUGUUAUUAUUCACCACGAAUUUCAAAAAUAGAGCUCUGGCCUGAAAACGUCAAGAAAGUGCAACCCUUCGUUUGCUUUCGGAAACUAAAAAAAGAAAGAAAGAUGAUCGUAAAAAUAAACAAUGGUUUCUCCUCUUUCCUAUCUCUACCAUUGGAACCAAAAGUUCUUUAACCAAGAAACUUUGAUAAAUAAGACAUAACAACUCGUAGAUGACAAGAAAGAAACAACUGAUCCUUUGUUUUUGUAUUCUCGUUGAGCCGUGUCUGGAGACUAAAAGAAGAAGAAGAUAUUGAAAAAUGGCGUUUACAGGAACGUUGGAUAAAUGCAAGGCAUGUGACAAAACCGUCUACGUGAUGGAUUUGUUGACUUUAGAGGGGAACACUUAUCACAAAUCAUGCUUCAGAUGCAGCCAUUGCAAUGGCACUCUCGUGAUAAGUAACUACUCAUCCAUGGAUGGAGUUCUUUACUGCAAGACUCACUUCGAACAGCUUUUCAAAGAAUCUGGAAACUUCAGCAAGAAUUUUCAGACAGGAAAGACAGAGAAGUCUAAUGAUCAUAUGACUCGAGCUCCGAGCAAGUUAUCUUCGUUCUUCAGUGGAACACAAGACAAGUGUGCGACUUGUCACAAAACCGUUUAUCCACUUGAGAAAGUAAACAUGGAAGGAGAGUGUUACCACAAGACUUGCUUCAAGUGUGCACACAGUGGCUGUCCUUUGACUCACUCUUCUUACGCCUCUCUCAACGGUGUACUCUACUGUAAAGUCCAUUUCAACCAGCUCUUUCUCGAGAAAGGAAGUUACAAUAAUGUUCAUCAAGCUGCAGCUAAGCACCGUCGAUCCGCUUCUUCUGGUGCCUCUUCUCCGCCUUCUGAAGAACAGAAACCUGAAGAUAAUGCCUCGAUUCCCGAGGGAGAAGGAGGAGGAGAAGAAGAAGCAGCUCCUGAAGCUGCAGGUGGAGAAGAGACUGAGCCUGUGGCUGAGUCUUGAAUGUGGUGGAGGUACUAUCUUUAUCAGUUCUCAAGUUUGAAGUUUUAUAUGCUUUUAUGUAUGUAUACAAUAUUUAUUUUUUUGUAAAUUCUUUUGUAAAGUUAAAAGCUUAUUUGGAGAGAAUCUGUUGUAAGCAAACCCUUAACAUCCAAUUUUUUUUUAUAAAAGUGAAAAUGAUAAUUUUCUUUGAUAUUUACCUAUGAGAACCAGUUCUUGUUCUGAAACAAAGAUUGUAACCAAAUAUUUUAUUUUUAUGAAUCAAAAUUCAAAACUUAUAGUAUCAAUAUGCCAAACAUACUUCUCUCCAUUUGUAAUGUAAAUAAACAAAGUUGCAUAAAAAUCCCCAAGAAUAAUAAAACUCUGACACAGUGUUCUUGAGAUGGAUAGGUGUUUCAAGACAUGAAUAGAGCCUUGCAUUUCGCCAUUGUGUCAUCUGGACUCGUAACUGCAGCGCAAAAUAAACAAUCCGACUUGUCAUGACAUCGUCACCAACACAAACACACAGAGAUUAACAAACAGAGAGAGAGACUAGCUGAUGAUUUAUA